CGUCCGACUCGUUUCUCUACCUGCCAUAUUUUACGCAGUACGGAUACAUACCCUACUUUACCUUCACGGUGCUGUGAUUCAAAGGGAGCGAGCGACCGUUUGUUCCUCAUACUCAACAUCUACCUACUUUACUCUCUUCCACUUGACCCAGCUCGACUUUGCUCUCUCUCUCUCGCUCUCGGAGUAGUACCUGAGUUGACAUCCAUCAUCCCUCUACGUAUCCGUACUUUACACAGCUUCGCUCUGCCGUGCAUCAUUGCUCUGCUCAGCUCUGCUCCCACCUCACCCACCUCCAGGCACCUCAGGGAAAAAGGUAAAAGGUACCUUACCUUACUGCCGGAAAUCCUCCGUUGGAUACAUCACAAACACACCCCACUGCGAUUUCUUCAUAUCUUCCGCCAGACGUCUCCCAUAUACCGGCCUUCUUCUCCAUCCUUCUCCUCCUACCCGACUUCUCCUCACUUCUGUUGCUAUCCCCUCUCCAACUUCUGUUAUCCUCCUACGUUGACAGUUCUUGCAACUCAUUCCGCCUCUUUUUUGUGUCUCUCGACUCAGCUGCUGCUGCUGCUGCUGCCUGACAUCAACUAAGGUAGCUCACCUCACUUCCACAUUUCAUCCAACUCCCACAACCGCAAACCUCACAGGAAAGAAAAGCGAGAGGGAAGAAAAAAGAGUACGUACCAUCAGUUACUUGUUUUUGCAGUCUCGCCCAAGCACAUCGUCAGGUACCCAUUCCCCCCGACCAUCCUCACCCAUGCCCAUUUACCCAUCUCUUCCAACACCCAUUUCCAUAUCCCACACACCCAUGCCCUUACCAGCAUUAACCCAAGGCCCCAAGGGCCCCAGUUCUCUCCUCCAAGGAGGUCCCAGACCCAGGUCCCAUCCAUCUUCAUACCCAUCAACCCAGGUCCCAGCCCAAAGGGCUCACUGCACCGUCCUUCAACCCGCGCGCACACCCCCAUCCUUACCUGACCUCUCUUUACCUUACCUUGCUCUGCCUUACAAGCGCGCAUUCACACAUACAUACAUUAGAUACCGCUCAUCCCAUCCAUCCCUCUUCCCUUGGAUCUUCUACCUACCCGUCUUGCUUGAAGUUCUCUUCCGACCUUCCAUCGUAGCCGCGUCUCUUGUCGCUCUUGCGCACUCUUCCAACCUCUCUCCCGGCCCCGGAGCAUAAUACGCACACCUCAUCUACGCACGCGCCGUAUUGUCUACCGUCCAUUUACUCACCUUGAACCAUAGGUUGUGUACCAAGCAACGCACAAUUACAAGCCGUACCCGAAACCACACACCAAGACUACGAGACCCUUUGGCGAACCAACAGACUACCACUUGCUGUUCCUUCUGGUGCGCGCAUGGUCACUGUCUGCCAACGUCUUAAGUCUCCUCGUUUGCGCCUCUUAAACAAGCCGCUACACCCGCCCGAUUCAUCUCCUCGGCGAAGCAGAUCCAAUAUCGACAGAAACGCCCACUGCGCAUCUAGGCCAUCGUGACUCCGCCGCGCAUCCUUGUCUGUCCACCUUGCUUCACACACGUACUUGCCAGGUACCCACCGCAUCCUCUAAUAUACCGCUCUCUCCCCACGGACGUCAUACCGGAGCGGCCUUUUCCUCUCGAACUGCAACUUCUCGACCUUUGCUAGCGGCCCAUUCGACUUUGCACAUCACCAUUUGAAGAACCAAUUUCGCAUCGGGCUUUUUUUCUUCCCCAUUUGGUUCCGCGACCGCGUACGACGCUAUCACCUACCCAUUCGCUCGUUUUCACUUCCGACCGCUCUAUGAGGCGCCAAAGCUCGGCCUUCCCCCACCUGACCUACGCUCGUUAAGGAAGUUCAGGCUUGCUCAGCUGAAUCACGGCAGACGAAGAAGAAAAAAAGAGACAGGCCUCACAAAGCAGUAACACGAGGGCGAGGAUUCGGACCGUUCGAUCGCUCGCCAGAAAGAGACUGGAUUUGGGAGACCACCCGCAACUACUGAACACCAACUCGGUAUCGCUGUCACUAGGCAGCGCGCAGAUCUACUAUCAAGAUGUUUCGCCAAAGGUAAGCUCUGCCAUGUUUUGUCGUUAUGCGCCGACAAAAAUAGCUGUGCAGCCCGGCUCCCCGCACAAGAUGCGCGCGUCGUUGCGCCAUCUCGAAACCUUUUUGCGCCUGCCCGGACAUGUACUGACUCGUGUGCCUGUUCACAGAACAAGCGCCCAAAAACCCGGCGAUGAACUGCUGGCCACUUUUCGAAAGCAGUUCCCCGAGGUAGCUGUUACGACCACGGCCCCAGUUGGCGCCGCGAGCGCCGCCGUUGAUAAUACGGGCAUGGUCCCGUCUAUUCCGGGCGUUCAAGAAAGAAGCCACAGCCUCAGCCAUGAAGCUUUCAGGGAUCAAGACCCAACGCCCAGAGCUACGAAUGAACCAUGGAGGUUCACGCCAUCACUGCUCGACCCCAACUCGUUUUCCUUCACCAACUUCGCCAAUGCCCCGCCCGGUUACUACACUCCCACGCCGGGAGGCACCAACACCAUCUAUCAUCCUCAAGCAGGUGACUUGCACACACCUACCCUAGGGCUCGGCAUGGGUCUCGGGACCCCUCUGUCGAUGCCUACGUCUGAAGGCGCAAUGCACGCUGGGCAGCCUAUGAUGGACCUCGCCGGGUUCCAGGGUAUUCAAGGAAUGCACCACCCUCAGCAGUUUCAACAACCCUUCAAUCCCUUUAUCCAGCCUCCGGCACACCAGCAAUCCUUCGCCCCCUCGUCAUUUGUUCAUCAAGACACCGGAUAUGAGACUAUGGAGCAAGAUGGGUCGCCAAUGAACUCUGAUCCAUCUGAAGAGCGAAUGGCUUCUAUCGACAGCGCAUUUCACAACUCGCCCAUGGUUGGUUUCCAGGGACGCCAAUUCGGAGGCAUGCCCAUGGCCGCGGUCAUGCCACCAUCUGCUGAAAAGUUCCGGUUUCACGCUACUUUGAAUGCCCCUACCGCCAUGAUCAAACACGCCGAUGAAAUUCCCGUCACGUAUCUCAACAAGGGCCAGGCUUACUCUUUGUCUGUGGUCGAUACCAAUGCUACAAUGCCUGUCGCUCCGGGGACCAAGUUCCGCACUUUUGUCCGGAUCUCCUUCGAAGACGAGCAGCAAAGGCAGAAGCCCGGCGUCUGCUGGGCUCUGUGGAAAGAGGGACGAGGCACAAACGAGGCUCAUCAGCGAGGCGGAAAGCUGCAGGCUGUGGAAUAUGUAGAGGCGGGCCAGCCAACCGAAGGCGACGACAAGAGAACCCGUGUUGAGUUGGAAUCGUCCUCCUUUGACGGAUUUUCAGUGGUUUGGACCCCCGGCAUCAACGGCGCCCCCGAGUGCAACAUUGCCGUACGCUUCAACUUUUUGUCAACCGACUUUAGUCACUCCAAGGGUGUCAAGGGCAUUCCAGUAAGACUCUGCACCAAGACCAGCACGUUCCCGAUAGACACCGCACAGCCAGCAGCCGAUGCCAACCCGGAGAUCUGUUUCUGCAAGGUCAAGUUGUUCCGCGACCACGGUGCGGAGCGGAAGCUUUCCAACGACGUUGCACACGUCAAGAAGACCAUCGACAAGCUCAAGCAACAGAUAACCCAAGCGGAAAGCGGCAUGAAGGACUUUGGAAAGCGCAAGAGGUCGAACGCUGCAGCACAAGUCAAGGGUGCAGAUCAGCGACCCGGCAAGGUUCAGAAACACAAGCGAACUUGGUCCAUGUCCUCCACCAGUUCAGCCGGGGCCGGAACCCGCCCUCCUCUCGAAGAAGACUUGCACUUCAAGCUUCAAACAUUGCAGGAUAUGUUUACCAGUACCCGGCCUGUGAGCGUAUUGUACCUACGCGGAGAAGAACUCGACGAUCCAGACCUGCACCCCGUUUCGCUUCCUGGAGAGCAAGGCGAACUUGCCAAGGUAGAAUCUCGCGAAGGUCCAGCAUGGCAAGCACGGAGUGGCCGCAGUUCUGUUGCCGGCUCGUCUCUAGUAUCACCUUCGCCGAGCUCCCUAUCGCUAGCGUCUCAGGCUUCAGUUGUCCCCAACCGUCAAUGGGCCGGGUUUGAGGGCGAGGGCUCUGGCGAACCUGCUUCCCGGCAAGGGUCAGACCAACCUACCAAGGUCACCAAAACAGACGAUGCGGGCAAUUUGAGCGGUUGGAUCGAGGCUCUAGGAGUGGAUCCAGCUUAUCGUCCUCCUCCAGAGCGCGUGGUGAAGCCCGCUGCCUGCUUCUACAUUCUCCGACCCAACACAAUGGAGCCAGAAAAGCGGGAGUACUACCGGGCUAUCUACUUGGCCCAGAGGAAUCUCAAAGACUUCAAUUAUCGUGUGGCUGCAAAGUGGAACCUGGACCCUUCGAAGAUUUUGCGGACAGUUCACGUUCUCGAUCGUGGUCUCGAGGUCGAGAUAGACGACGACGUCAUCCAAGAACUCAGAGAAGGCCAAGACAUGAGGCUCGAAAUCAAGGAGAUCUUGCCCGAAAACCCCGUCCAGCUCAAACGCGAAUGGGACAUGGCCAUCGACCCAAGCGAUGGCGACGCCAUGGACCAAUCAUCUGCUCAAGGCGGUUUCGAAUUGCGCCUUAACUUUUAAUUUCACAUAAUUGGAUCCAUCUCUACUUCAGCAACAAUUGGAUAGGAUUCGGAUUGGGGACGGGCUUCCUUUUUCCUUUCUGCUCGUUACCAGGAAGGCCACUAGGAUAUGGGUGGCAUAGGCAUACACGCGCUCGCACACGCAUGGUUGGAAUAUCGCUCCGAAGGCGUUGUUGAUUUUGAGAUACCAAGUCCCUGGAUGGGCCGCUUCUUCUUUUCAACGCUUCUCGCCACACGAAUCGUGGGCGACUUUAUGAUUUGGGUAUUUAGAUCUGGGUCAUUAUGGGCAAUCCUGGGCAGCAAAAAAACACACAAGAUAUCCCGCCCUUCCGUAAGGGCCAUUCGGCACACUCCGGAGAGGCACGUUGGAAGCGCGACGGGCAGACACACGACGAAGAAGACCUCACAGACAAUCCGGACUUCUGUUGCCCUUUCGACCUUGCCAAUGGCCUCUGAUGCGGCCUUUUUCAAUCUCUUCUUUCAUUUCACGCAUCCAUACCUUUUACCAUACUAUUUGGUACCCAACUAUCUGUCUUUCAUUUGUUUGAGGCAACACCUUGAGUGUGUCUUUGCUUCCUGAGCGCUCAGGAGCCAUGUAGCUUGGCCGAUGGAGUGACGCAAGCAUUGGAGGGCACCAUUGAUAGAGACGAGCUCCCUGCACUGCAACGCAUUGUGGCUUGUACCAUAGCAACAUACCCGCUGAUUCCUUCGGUCUAUCCGGGAACAGAGAAUUCACGGCAUUUACAUGAAGUUUGCAUUAUUAUCGCAG